AUGACGCCACGUGGCAUGCCGUCGCCGUCGCCGCGUGGCGGGUAUGCCAGGGGGGGUGGCGGGAGAGGUUCGGCUAGUCGGCGGAGACGGGAGUCAGGGGACGGGAGCAUGGACAUGGGCGGGCAGGAGAGCGGGUACAGCUCGUCGCGGAGUGCGUCGAGACGAGGACCCAUGGACGAGGACGAGCGCUUUUCCCGAACCAACAGCUUCGGCCAAGCCUCGGUCAGUUCGGCCCAUUCCGAACGCAUGCUCGACGACGAGCGGCGGCCGGGCGGGGCGCGCCCCUCCGUCUCGCGCACCUCCUCCUCCUCCUCCUCCGUCUCCGCCAUGUCCGCCAUGUCCGCGGCUUCCGCGCGCGAUCCGCGCAGCCCCGCGCCCUCGCGCUCGAAACUCGGCGCGGGUGGAAGCGGAAGCGCGAGCGGGGGGGAGGAACAGGUGCAGUAUUUCCGCGCGAAGACGAUCGCGGCGGUGGGGCGCGGGGCGGACAAUAAGACGAUUUCGGGGAAGGACGUUCCGCGGCAGCGACUGCCCAUGCUUCCGCCGCCCGGAGCUCCGCAAGUCGUGCAGUGGUGCUUCCAAACCCUAGCCGUGCCAAUAAACCUGCCUCCGCCGAAGAAGGGCCAGCAGAAGCUGCGGCGGAGCGUGAGCGGGGCAGCGCGCGGAGGGGCGGGCGGAGGAGGCGGGGGAGGGGAGAGUGACGCGGGGAACGAGUAUGGGGAGCAGGGGGGAGGGGGGAUGCCAUUUCCCCCUCCUCCAGCAGGCAGACACCGCAGGUCAGGUUCGAACAGCUCCGCGGCUAGCAACAGCAGCGCUCGCCAACAGGCGCAAUAUGGGGGCGCGGGGCCAGGCCCAGGGGGAGGCGGAGCGGGCGGGGGCGGGGAGCUAGCAGGCGCAGGUCCGCGCAGUGCAAGGGGGACGGGGCGUGGCGGGGCGUUCCCCCAGCCGCACUCGCGGAAAGCGUCUGUAGAGUCGAGCGGAAUGGGUGGCGGAGGCGGAUGGGAGGAUGGCGGGGGGGAGAACGGGCCAGGGGGGCCUAUGGGGGGCGGAAGGGCUGGCGGAUUCAACCCCGCCUCCCCCUCCCCCAGAGGCCGCGGGCGGGGCGGGCAGCAGUUUGGGCAGCAGCAGCAGUACGGGCAACAGUACGGGCAGAUGCAACAGCAAGGGAUGGAUCCCGCGGAUGGUGCGCCCAGCCCCAGACCCAUGGGGGGAGGGCGCGGGGGGAUGGGCGGCGGGGGCAUGGGCGGAGGGGCUAUGGGUGCAGGGGGCAUGGCGGGGAGAGGUGUGGGAAGCCCGAGAGUAGCUGGGAGAGGGGGAAUGGCGCGGGGGGACAUGGGGCCGGGGAGGGGCGGAGGCGGAGGGGGAGGUGGGCCGCCAGGGAGAGGAGGUAUGGGGAUGAUGGGGCGGGGAGCGCAAAUGGGGCGAGGACGAGGGGGAAUGGUGGGAGGGAGGAGAGGUGUGGAAGAGGAGGAGGAGGAAGAAGAAGAGGAGGAGGAAGAGGAAGAAGAGGAAGAAGAAGAGGAGGAAGAGGAGGAAGAGGAGGAGGAAGAGGAGGAGAGAGUAGGGAACGGUCAGGAGUAUCGGAGGAGAGUGGUGGUGAACAGUGUGCCAAUCCCGGAUCGCCAGGUGGCAGAAGCUGAGAGGCUAGCUGGCCCCAUCAAUCCGGGCACCUAUUGGUAUGUUGACCGAAUCAACUAUUCUAACACUCAUAUCGUGGUCGUGUAG